AUGCAGGCGCGCUACUCCGUGUCCAGCCCCAACUCCCUGGGAGUGGUGCCUUACCUCGGCGGAGAGCAGAGCUAUUAUCGGGCGGCCGCGGCCGCCGCCGGGGGUGGCUACACGGCCAUGCCGGCCCCCAUGAGUAUGUACUCUCAUCCGGCCCACGAGCAGUACCCCGGCGGCAUGGCCCGUGCCUACGGGCCUUAUACACCGCAGCCUCAACCCAAGGACAUGGUGAAACCUCCUUACAGCUAUAUAGCUCUCAUCACCAUGGCCAUUCAGAAUGCCCCAGACAAGAAGAUUACUCUGAACGGCAUCUAUCAGUUCAUUAUGGACCGCUUCCCUUUCUACCGGGACAACAAGCAGGGCUGGCAGAACAGCAUCCGGCACAACCUCUCGCUCAACGAGUGCUUCGUCAAAGUGCCCCGGGACGACAAGAAGCCCGGCAAAGGCAGCUACUGGACCCUCGACCCGGACUCUUACAAUAUGUUCGAAAACGGCAGUUUUCUGCGGCGGCGGAGACGCUUCAAGAAGAAGGAUGCGGUCAAAGACAAGGAGGAGAAGGACCGUCUACACCUCAAGGAGCAAUCCCAGCAGCAGUCCCACCAUCAGCCCCCGCCCCGGCAGCAGCAGCAGCAGCAGCAAACCGAGCAAGCCGAAAGCGGUGCAGCAGGGGGCUCUGGAGGUGGGAGCUCACAGCAGCAGCAGCAACAGCAGCAGCAGCCGGUGAGAAUUCAGGAUAUUAAGACUGAGAACGGUACGUGCUCUUCACCACCCCAGCCACUGUCCCCCGCCGCGGCCGCCCUAGGAGGCAGCAGCAGUGCUGCGGUCCCUAAAAUCGAGAGUCCUGAUAGCAGCAGCAGUAGCCUGUCCAGCGGCAGCAGCCCCCACGGCAGUAUCCCUUCUAACAGGUCCCUGAGCCUAGAUGGGGGGGAGCACACCCCGCAACCUCAGCCGCCGCACUCGCAGCAGCAGCAGCAGCAACAACAGCAGCAGCAGCAGCAGCAACAGCAGCAACAACAACAACAGCAUAGCCAAGGCUUCAGCGUGGACAACAUCAUGACUUCUCUGCGGGGCUCGCCGCAGGGUUCAUCUGCGGAGCUUGGCUCCAGCCUCCUAGCCUCCACGGCCGCUGCUUCAUCCAGAACGGGCAUCCCUCCUUCCUUGUCGCUGAGCGGCUACUCCCCAGGACAGAGUUCCAUCUACAGCUCCCAGUGCAGCCAAAGCGCCAGCGCUAGCAGCGCCAGCGGCGGAGGUGGAGGCAGCGGUGGCGGGGGAGGCGGCGGCGGCGGCGGCGGCGGCGGUGGCGGUGGCGGCGCCGGAGGAGCUGGGACCUACCACUGCAACAUGCAAGCCAUGAGCCUGUACGCAGCUGGAGAAAGGGCAGGUCACUUACAGGGCGGGCCAGGGGGUACGGGCAGCUCAGCAGUGGACGAUCCUUUGCCUGACUACUCUCUGCCCCCAGUCACCAGCAGCAGCUCGUCUUCCCUGAGUCACGCCGGCCAGGAGCCGACUCACCACCCGGCGGCCCACCAAGGGCGCCUGACCUCUUGGUACCUGAAUCAGGCUGCUGGAGACCUAGGCCACUUGGCCAGUGCGGCCGCGGCUGCUGCGGCAGCGGGUUACCCCGCACAACAGCAGAACUUCCACUCUGUGAGGGAGAUGUUCGAGUCACAGAGGAUUGGCUUGAACAACUCUCCGGUGAAUGGGAAUAGCAGCUGUCAAAUGGCCUUUCCUUCCAGCCAGUCACUCUACCGCACGUCAGGGGCUUUUGUCUAUGACUGCAGCAAGUUCUGACCAAAACAAAGCAGCAAAGCAGCCUCAUUUACCACCCCCAUCCCCAUUCCUAUCCAAAACCGAAACCAAAAAAAUCCCCAAUUAAAAAUAACAAAACUUUUAAACUCCACUUACAAGCCAGCAGAACCUCUCCCAAAAAUAAGCCUAACCAAACAAAUCAUCAGCACAAAGAAAACUGUAUUUUCUUAAUUAAUUUCAGAGCCACCUUGCCCUCACUAAAUAAACCAAACUGUAAACUAUUUUGUACAGAGACAGCAAAAUCUUGGUUUAUUAAAGGACAGUGUUACUCCAGAUAACACGUAAGUUUCUUCUUGCUUUUCAGAGAUCGUUUUCCUUCCCCUUUAACAUCUUCCAUUCCCCUCCUUUCCAUCCUCAUCCCUCAACUUCAUCCUUAAGAUAUUAUUUUACCCUAUGUUUAAAGGGGGUGGGAGGGAGGGAAUCCCUAUAUACUGCAGUUGCUUUCUCCCCCCCCCCAUGGACUUGUUUUAAAAUGUAAAUUGCAACAUAGUAAUUUAUUUUUAAUUUGUAGUGGGAUGUUGUGGACCAAACGCCAGAAAGUGUUUCCAAAACCUGACGUUAAAUUGCCUGAAACUUUGAAUUGUUUUUUUUUUAUCAUUAUAAAAGGGAAACUGUAUUAAUCUUAUUCUAUCAAUCAUUUUUCUUUUUGUCGAACAUAUUCUGAAGGUAUUUUAUUGUUUGUUUAUUAAUAAAUUACCAUUCAAUUUGAAUGAGACUUUAGAGUCUGGAUAUUUUAAUACAUCUUUAAUUAGUUUAGGGAAAAGAAAUUUAAUGCCAGAGAUUUAAUGGUAGAAGACUCAUAUUUCUUAAAUCUCUGAAAAAGAAAAAAAAUGCCAAAGUCAAACCUCGAAUCCAAAAAAGUGCCCUUUUUUCGUCAAAAUUUUCUGUAAUAUGUUCCAUGUAGUAAAUUUGCUUUAUGACUAGGAAAAAGAAAUACUUUCCUGAGCAGAUCUAAGUUGGCAAAUAAACAAACAUGUUUUCUCAGUGAUGAAGUUACACAAUCUGGAACAACUAAGUCCAUGAAAGAGCAAGGAUAUAUAUUGGUGUAUGUCUAGAAAGGAAGGGUAUCUAUGGAGAGACUCCCAGUCAUAUUCAAGUGAAUACAUGACUCAUUUUUGUCUAAAAUACACAAUGGAAAUGUAGAUUACAUAUCCUUGUGGGAAGUAAAUGCUUAGUAGGUUUAUUUUUCCUAUUAUGUCCAGUCCUACCUAAGGGGAAAAAUCCAAAUCUAUUAAGAGAGAGUUCAUAUUUGCAGUCCUCCAUGCAUUAUGUAGAUGGGUUUUAAAAAUUACUGUUUUGUUGAAAAAAUAAUCUUUUGUGAGAAAUUGUUUUAGAUCUAUUUGAGGGACAGUUCAUUAUUGUUAAAACAUGGGAAACAACAGUAUUUAUAAAUGAGCAGAUAAAGGACUAAGGUAAAAAAAAAAACCUACCCCUUUGGGGGAAGAUGGCUUCUUCUCCUAGUAAUUGUUCUUGCUAAUUUACAGGGAGAUCCUAGGGGCAAUCUUGACUGGACCUCCUCCUUUGUAAAUAACCUAGGAAAUGUAAUAAAUUCAUUAUCUUAGAAUGAUCCACCCUGUCAAUCAGACUUUGGGGAGAUGACUAUUUGAUUACAGAUAUUUAGGGCCUUUUAAGUUUGCUUUCAAGAUAAUACAGUUUCCUAUCUGCCGCUCUUAUCUAAAGGCAACACUUAGCAGUAAUUGCUGUUGUUUGUUGUCAAAAUUUGAUCAUUGUUAAAGGUUUGCUGCAAAUAAAUACAAACUAAUUUCAGUCAAAACUG